CCCUCCUCAAUCAGAGCCGCCAUUUUAUUUGUAUUGUAUCGCCAUUUCGUUCCUUUCGUGAGAUGGAGAAUUGGACAAGAAAGUGAGACAGAAAUAAAAUAUUCUGAUACCUUUCCAUAAAAUUGUGCAAUUUAAAGUUGUCAUAAGUAAUAUAGGCACGAAAAUUCUAAGCAGACAUACGCGAUGUACAGCUGAUUGAAAUUGUGUGAUGAAAUAAUUGAUGUGUCGAUAUGUUCACUACGAACACCGUACAAACCGGCACGGUGCCGACGCUGCAGUAUCAAGAGCAUCCAACCCAAAAAUCACAAGGAAAAAACAUAGAGAACGUUCAACAAAAGAAUGCUCAACAGACUCAGCAAACUCAGCAGCAACAACAGGAGUUCCCAACAUUUUGUUAUACUACGAAUGUGAACAUGAUUGGCAAAUUGGGAACGGGUACCACAAGUGGGGCUGGUAAUGUAACCAGCGGAGUAAACAUAACUCAACUUACUACAAGUGACGACAAGACUUGUUACAUAGCCCAACCAUUUUCAUACAACUAUGCAUUAGUGAAUCAAAUGCAAAUAGCUCCUAAUGGAAUCCAGAAUACAAUAUCAAAUAUUAGUUUUAAGUGUGAUGUGUGUGGUCUGAUGUUUGGGCAUCUAACUCUUUUAAAUGCUCAUAAAAGAAUACAUGCUCAGGAUACAGAAAGCAAUAUAACAGUUGUAGCAACUGGUGUAAGUACUGGAAAUGAUGUUGCAAUGCCUCCACACAUUCAGAUCCUCUCCUCUGAUCCCAAUGAGCAGCAGCAACACCAUGUGCAAAUUCAAGACACUAAACCAGUCAUAAUUGAAAAGGUACAAAAAUGUAUUACCUGUGGUGGUCCUAUACCCAAUAAUCCUAAAAGAAAGGGACCUAAACUAAUACGCUGUGAAAACUGCAUUGCACAAGAUUCUGUGGAUCAAAGAAAUAAUCAAUUGAAUACAACUCAAAUAUUUGUUGCGGCAGAGGACAAUGUGAAAUUUGAAGUAAGCAAUUACCUGGACAUCAUCCUGUCAAAAGGAGAAAUCUAGCAUCAGUUACAAAAUGUCAGAACUGCAAUGGAUCUGGCAUUAUUUUCGUAGGUGGCAAUAAGAAUAAAUUAAGUAAUGCUAAUGCAGACAAGCCAUUCCAUUGUAAUAUCUGUGGUGGUGCCUUUGCAAGAUAUUCCUCAUUGUGGUCACACAAGAAGUUGCAUUCUGGUGAAAAGAAUUUCAAAUGUGGGAUCUGUGGAAUUGCAUUUGCUAAGGCUGUUUAUCUUAAAAAUCAUUCUAGAAUACACACCGGAGAAAAGCCAUACAGAUGUAAUACUUGUGGCAUGCAGUUUUCACAAUCACCACAUUUGAAAAAUCAUGAAAGAACACAUUCAGGGGAGAAACCAUAUGUUUGUGAAGUCUGCGACAAAGGAUUUGCGCGGCACGCUACUUUAUGGAAUCAUCGGCGUAUACACACGGGAGAGAAGCCAUACAAGUGUGAAACAUGCGGAUCAGCAUUCAGCCAAGCAGCCCACCUUAAGAACCACGCAAAAGUGCAUUCCGGAGAGAAACCCUUCAAGUGUGAUAUUUGUACGGCUGCCUUUGCAGAUAGAUUCGCUCUAAAGAGACAUCGAGGAAUUCACGACAAAUAUGGUCAAACAACACCAUUGCCCUCAAGAAUACAACAAAACCAACAAGAGCAACAACAACAGCAAACUCAACAGAACAGUGAGCAACAGAACACACAACCAGCUGUGGAAGUGGAACUCCAUGCUGAACAAACACUUUGAGCUUCAUGUCUUCCUUGUGUUUUGAGAUAAUCCCACCCGUGUCAUUGAUUCAACAACAUUGAUGACAAAGAUGUCAAUAGCUCAAGCAACUAUGACUGUGUGAUGGCCAGAGACAAGUGAUUGUGAUAUAAGAUGGCCGAAGUGUAUUCAGUGAUCAAUAGUAUUUCUCAUCAAUAGAUAUUUCGAAAGAUAUACAAUUUUAAUAUAUUAUAUAGUUAACUCAGCGGCAUAAAUGACUUACAUGUUAUGUGUUCAUGUAAUAAUAAUACGCAGGUGAUACAACAUAAUAAUAUUUAAAAGGUUUCCAAUUAUUAAAAGUUUGAUUUGCAUCCUAAAAAAGAAAUAAAAGCUCCUGUUGCUCCUAGCAGUCCCUCUUAACACUGACAUUUGGAGUGGCAACUUCCAAUUUGUCAUCCAAGUGCCAAUAUUUCUGAACUGGUCACUUCAGAUUUGUACCAAAAGAGAAUACUGGUAUUUUUUCUUCUCUACGCAACUUACUUAAUGUGUUCAAGAGGACUACUAGAAAUAAUCUCAAUGAU